GUCAGCGUGUUGGCGCGCACACACAGACAUGAGAGCAGAGUGACCACGGACCAGUCAGUGUCUGAACAUCACGCGCGCCAUCCAUGACGCACAUAACCAUCCAUACUGAAGCACGUCGGGGAAAUAAGAGAUUUGAGCGUUUUUGAGCGUUUUUCUACCACUUUGCAUUGACUUGCUCCCUGAAACACAGCGGAUUAUAAUCACGUUUUGGAUUUAAAUCUCCUCUUUAACUUCCCAUCAACACCAAACUUCUUUCACGAGUGGAAGGCGCGCGCGGAGAUGGCGCAGAGGUACGAUGAGCUGGCUCAUUACGGCGGCGCGAUGGACGGAGUCGGAGUCCCCGCUUCCAUGUACGGAGACCCGCACGCGCCGCGGCCGCUGCCCCAGGUCCACCACCUGAACCACGGGCCGCCCCCUCACCCGACACAGCACUACGGAGCCCACGCACCGCACAACAUCCUGCCCAGCAGCAUGGGCAGCAGUAUGGGCAGCGCCGUGAACGACGCGCUCAAGAGAGACAAGGACCAAAUCUACGGACACCCGUUAUUCCCGCUGCUGGCUCUGGUGUUUGAGAAGUGCGAGCUGGCGACCUGCACACCCAGAGAGCCCGGGGUGGCGGGAGGAGACGUGUGCUCUUCGGACUCCUUCAAUGAAGAUAUCGCAGUGUUUGCCAAACAGAUCCGCGCAGAGAAACCUUUAUUUUCGUCCAACGCGGAGCUGGAUAACUUGAUGAUCCAAGCGAUCCAAGUUCUUCGAUUUCAUCUGUUGGAAUUAGAAAAGGUUCACGAGCUCUGUGAUAACUUCUGCCACCGCUACAUCAGCUGUCUCAAAGGCAAAAUGCCCAUUGACCUGGUCAUUGAGGACAGAGACGUGUGCAAGUCAGACUUUGACGAUCUGUCAGGGUCCUCCACCAACCUGGAUCAUUCAGGGACAGAACACAGGACACAGGACACAGGACACAGGACACAGCUCCACACUCUGCUGCACUCUCUACAUUUGAACUCCCUGCUCGACAGAAUGAACCCAGUGUCCUGGAGAGACGUGGACGACACCCACUCCACACCCUCCGUGGGCACCCCGGGACCGUCCAGCGGGGGACACGUCUCCCAGAGUGGAGACAACACGAGUGAACUGGGAGAUGGCCUCGACAACAGUCUGGCAUCACCAGGCACAGGAGACGAGGAUGAGCAGGACAAGAAGAGGCAGAAGAAACGAGGCAUCUUCCCCAAAGUGGCCACAAACAUAAUGAGAGCGUGGCUCUUCCAGCAUCUUACACAUCCAUAUCCAUCAGAGGAACAGAAAAAGCAGCUUGCACAGGACACAGGCCUCACCAUCCUGCAAGUCAAUAACUGGUUUAUAAAUGCGAGGAGGAGAAUAGUGCAGCCCAUGAUCGACCAGUCCAACAGAGCAGUGAGUCAGGGUACAGCGUACAGUCCAGAUGGUCAGCCAAUGGGAGGCUUUGUUCUUGACGGGCAGCAGCACAUGGGUCUACGACCAGGAGGGCCGAUGGGAGGCAUGGGCAUGAACAUGGGCAUGGACGGGCAGUGGCACUACAUGUAAAAGCCUCUGACGGUGAGCCUGCUCAACAACAGGGUGAAGCCUCAGCGCUCGGCUCAGGGAUCUUCCUUCAUCUGGCAGUGGAGCUCGGCUGCAGCCGCUACGUCACGCCCCCUUUCCUGAGCACGCACGGUGCAUGCGUGUACACGGUCACCCCCCCACCCCCACCCCCCAACAGUCCUGGACUCGAGAGUGAUGAUGAUGAUGAGGAUGAGGAUGAGCUGCUAUCAGGGAUGGAGCAGGGACUCCACACAUGUGCAGAGAAAAACCUCCAUCUCCACUUUAAAUUAUUUAUUUAUUUUUGUACAAACAUGGGACCACGGCUUUCCUCUUCCUCGUUUUAUUUCUAUGCUAAGGUUUUUACCCUUACACACCCCCCCCCUCCCCCCUCCCCAGCCCCCCACACACACACACACACACACACACACACAGGCCAGAAGAGAAAAAACCCUGUGGAAAAACUUUUUUGAGAGUAAAUAUGACUUUUGUGCUGUAUAUACUUGUGCUCUUUAUUUGCUUGUUUCUGUCCAUGUUUGUGAUCAUUAGAGUGAAGCUUUGACCACUGAUGUGUUUUUAUAUAUGAAUACAGAAAAUACACAAAGUUCUGAGGCCAACAA